ACUAGCAGCAAGGUCGAGCCGUCGUACUUCAGCUUGACAUUUGAAAUGCGGGGGACCAGCGCAUGACAAAAACGUGGCUCGUUCCGUUAACAUGUGGUAAAAUGACACCGUCUUAUAGUUUGUGUGCCAUAUUUAAAUUCUGCCGCAGAGACAACGAGUCGUGUCACUUUUAUAGGAAGUUAGUCUUUUAGCUUUAACACACGGCUAGCUGCCAGACGCUAACAUGAGCUCAGGUCCAAAUCACGGUACCGUUACCGAGACAGGACUGUCCAGGAAACCCGUCUCCGCUGUGUCAUUAGCCGGACACGUCUGGCAGGUGUUCAGCCAUGUGAAGAUAGAAAACCUGGUGGCAGGACUGAGUGGUGGAGUUGUAUCAACGCUGGUGCUUCACCCGCUGGACCUGGUCAAGAUCAGGUUUGCAGUGAGUGAUGGACUGGAACUAAGACCUAAGUACAGUAGCAUAUUUCACUGUAUGAGGAGUGUGUGGCAGCAGGAGGGACUGAGAGGACUCUACCAAGGAGUGACACCCAACGUCUGGGGUGCUGGAGCGUCUUGGGGUCUCUACUUCUUUUUCUACAAUGCAAUCAAAGGGUACACAAAGGAAGGUCGGCAGACUGAACUGAGCGCCACAGAACACCUGGUGUCUGCCGCCGAGGCAGGCAUCCUAACACUCACCAUAACAAAUCCAAUCUGGGUUACCAAGACCCGGCUGGUGCUGCAGUACAAUGCUGACCCAACCAGCAAGCAGUACAAGGGGAUGGUGGACGCUUUGAUCAAGAUCUACCGCCAUGAGGGGUUACCUGGCCUAUACAAGGGUUACAUUCCUGGUCUGUUUGGUACAUCUCAUGGAGCGCUGCAGUUCAUGGCCUAUGAGGAGCUCAAGAGAGACUACAACAAAUACAAGAAAGUGCCUUCAGACGCAAAGCUGAAUGCACUGGAAUACAUCGGAAUGGCUGCAUUAUCUAAAUUAUUUGCCGUGGCCACAACGUACCCAUAUCAGGUGGUAAGAGCUCGACUGCAAGACCAGCACAAUAGAUACGACGGAGUCAUGGAUGUCAUCAGACGGACGUGGAGGAAUGAAGGCGCCAUUGGCUUCUACAAAGGCAUCGUCCCAAACUUGAUACGUGUCACUCCGGCCUGCUGCAUCACCUUUGUGGUUUAUGAGAAUGUGUCUCGCUUCCUCCUGGGGCAGAAUAAAUGAGGUUUAAAUGCAUGGCAUGGACAAAGACUGUGAGCUCACACUGACACAAUGCUGCCAUAUGAAGAGGAGCAUCUUGAACAGAGGUCGAACUCUGUGAUCAGUACAUGUAAAUGUGCUGACGUGGGAAGCAUUCACUGAGAGUGGAUGAAAAAGUUGUGAAAUGGAGCAACACAAUCAUCAGUGGACUAAUUUUUCUUCUUGUUUCAAAUCAAUUUCUAGUUUGUCAGUGAUACAUGAUGCAGCUAUCAUGUCUCUGAUUCAGACGCACAGUUAACUCGUGGAGGUAAUAUGCGAUUGGAAAUAACACUGCUGUGAUGAUAGGUUUUUUUAGACUGAUGUGUUCUGUAAGUCAGUGUUUAUCAAGUAUUUCAUCAUACUGUAGUGAUGUUUACAUUUAAUGCUUUCUGGCAGCAGAAAGGGAAAACUGAAUGAUGAAAAGCUUAAUUAUAACCUUCAAAUUAAAGAUCUUCUCAGGUGUCUAGCUGCA